AUGGAUCAAUAUCUUAUUCACUUGACUGCUCCUACGGGAAACACUGCUGAGCACGUCACCGUAACCCCUUCACAACCUGCCCAAGUAGCAGGCACCAAACGCAAAUCUGCUGGUUCAUCCGAGCUACCAACCAUCAAUCUUGACGACUAUGAUAUUCCUGAUGGCCAGCCAAUGGACUCUUGCACCGUAGUCCGUGGCAAGAUCAACCGCUUCCUCGAAGCUGGUGAGAUGAAAGUUGGUCAAUUCUGUGAUGCCAUUGGUGUAUCGCAGAAUGCGUAUAGAAGAUUCAUGUCUCAGAACGGCAAGUUUGCUGGUGCUGGCUGUGAUACUUAUCAAAAUGCUUGGGAGUUUUUCAGGAAGAGAGAGAUGGCUGGCCUGAAGAUCCCUGCCAAAAAGCAAAAGACUGCUGCGAAUGCUGCUUCAUCUUCUACUGCAUCUUCAUCUGGAAAGAAGAAUGCCGAGACUACUGACAUAAGUAACAUCCAUCUUGAUGGUAAUCAUAAGACUUGUCUUCAAAUGCUCUUGAUUAGAGAUCGGCUGACAAGACAUCACAAAACAACAGGAGAAGAAACCGACUCGGUAGAAGUCUACGACAGCUGCGACGAGAUACGCAANAAGACAGCUGCUCACCUACGCAAGCCUGGCGUAACAGGAGCUCAAUUCUGCCGCGAUCUGCUCGCCCAAUAUCAUGGCGACAAGAAACCUCCUCAAAUUCAAUCUGGCCAACUUACAAAGUUCCGCGGCUACAAAGGCGCUGACACCGGAAACACCUCUUGUGUUUUCUAUGCGGCCUAUGUCUUCUUCGAAAAGAUGAGAUUGGCAGAGGGCAAGCCGAAAAGCAAGCACAGGUUGGAGAUGGAAAAGAUCUGGCCUUCGGGCUUCAAUGUGACUCGCGGUCACCAUCGAGGGUAUGUUGUAGUCUUUUUCUUUCGUAUUAUUGUUUUGGGAAUGACAGACCUGUGCAAGAUCAGUAUGGUCGAGUUACGAUGGUGCGAGGCUCUUGAGUCUCUUGUGAACGGAUUUCGCAAGGCAGUGGUCAACGGUAUCGGGGUUCGCGCCGACGUUAUCUACGUACAUCUGCAACGAUACUCUUGA